GUGAUAAAUUUCAGUAGAAAAUGAAAGUGAUUGAACUCAAUUAUGGGAAUGUGGAAGUUGGUAAAACAGCGGUAAAAACGAUUGAAAUAUUUAAUGAAUCCUGCAAGGAGCAAGUAUAUCAAGUCCAAAGAGACCCAACUACGAAUCCCUUAGAUCAUGUUUUUCAUUUACGCUCUUAUACUUGGGUUUUGGCCGCCGAAGAGAAAUUUUUAUGUGAAAUACGUUAUCGACCGUUUUAUGUGUCUCCUAAAAACAUUGACUAUUUUAUGAUCAGUGAUACCGGUGGAUCGUGUAUGAAGAUUAUUACCCGUGGAUCUUGUAUCGGUCCGGAAGUGGUUUGUUCGAUGACGAAAAUGUUUAUGGGCUGCACGCAAGAGAGUGUCGAGGUGAAGAGACGAAUAAAAUUGAUAAACAAAUCCAAAGUAGCAGCGACAUUUAUGAUCGAGACAGACGAAAAGUAUCGGGUGUUUAAAUUAAACCCAAAAUACGAUGUCAUUCCUCCUUCUUCUUACAAAUAUAUUACGGUUACUUUUGCACCGCCGAAAAAUGGAAGAUACAGUUAUUAUUUAAUAAUUCUAGUUCUGCAUCAAGUAAAUCAACGAUUUUAGAAAUAUACUGCUGAAAGCAAUUAAUUUUAUUAGCGAUUACACGUAUUUAAAUACACAUGUUGAAUGCCGUGCGUGCCAUCGGAACCAAUUAUUAUAGAAUUGCACGGAAACAGUACCACAUCCCCUUCUGGAAAGGAAGACAUGACUUGUCUCAGUUAUUCCUGGAAGGAGAAUAAUGGAUUCAAAGGAUAUAUGAGAGAUACUGUUAACUCAGCAGGAGAUUUACCACUCGUGUCUUUGUCCAGACAUUAUUUUAAUUUUGGUCAGGCAGAUGUAGACACUGAGAAUGUUAUUCAAAGAGUUCCUCAAGCUAUUUGCUUUACUAAUCAUAGUCACUCAAGUGUGAUAGUUUCUUGGGAAAAAGAUACCGAAGGGAUCUUUAAAGUAACACCGUCCGAGAUGCACGUUCGCGCGAACCAAUCGACUCUAUUUGAAGUUACAUUCAAUCCAAACGAAAAGAAUAAUCUUUUCGGGAGAGAGCUCAUUAGUGCUGCUUAUUUCCAGCAGCAACAACAAUUGACUUUUCCGAUUGUUAUGUCGAUCACUGCAAUAGGUCACUCUUUUCCAAUUAAUUCAAACGGAUGGAUCCCGCAAUACGACAUACCUCAAACGGUAAUAAUGCCACCGUGUGUGCCGCCAUUUCCGGUUUAUACGACCUUCUUGAUCAAAAAGUUUGGUCAUUUACCAUUGAUGUUUCAAUUCGUCCCACCACCAGCUACUCACUACAUCGUAAAGCCGAUGCUUGGUGUAAUUCAUGCAGACUAUCAGAUAAUCGUUGUCGAAAUGGUACCAGAGCACAAGAACGAACAAAUUUAUAUAGAACGGUGGACGAUAUAUUUUAACGGGAAUAAGAAAAACGAAAGUUACAUAGACUUCAAGGGAUACGCGGAAUAUGCAAAUGUUAUAUUCUGCAAUAACAACAUAUUAACUUUCCCGGCGGUGAUGCCACAUUGUCAGCAAUUUGCACAGCUUGGAAUGCGAAAUAUAACUCGUCAUAAAAUCAGGUACCGUUAUUAUCAGUUGCCACCUGAAUUCAGAAUAGAACACGAAAGCGGAGAAAUUGAUUCCAACGAUACUUUAUUUCAAGAAUGUUCUUUUUCUCCGAUCGAACCGAAUAUCGACUACGAUUUCGAAAUACAAUGUGUUUUACUUGUUAUAGAAAACAAUACAAUUGUAGGGUCGAAAAGUUGCGUGUCUUUGCGUGUACGUGGAAGAAGCGAAAUGGGUACUUUGGAGGCAUUUCCGGACGAGUUGAAUUUCAAUGAGAUGGAAUACAAUAGCAAAAGAACUAUGGCUUUCGAACUUGUUAAUACUAGUUCAGUAAAUAUCUACUACAAAUUAACGUGCACUCAUAGCGGCUGGCCAGUUGGCGACAUCGAGAAAGAUGUCGAGAUGUACCCAGCAUCGGAAACGGCUUUUGCAGGAGCUCGUAAAAAGAUUAUGAUUUCUAUUACACCCCGUACAGCAGGCUACUAUGAAUUUUAUAUAAAAUACCUGUUAAGAGUAAAUUUUCAGUCGGACAAAACGGUAUCCGCGUUAAGUCCAAUAAAAAUCUGCAAGGUGAACUGUAUGUGCAUAUUACCAACGAUAAGGGUGAAGAAUGUAUGUGCUUUUGGAUACAAGCAGAUAUAUUCAAUGAACAUCAGCAAGCCAUUCUUGUGGAAAGCGUUGCAAAUAAAUAAAAUGAACAGAAUAAUGAAAAUGAUGGUGCCAGGAGACAGAAAGCAUAUUAAAGCAGAACUUUUUCCAAUGAUCCUAAAUAAUGGAGCCAUCUUACUGAAAUUCAUUAUUGUAAAUCCUUCGAAAUUUACAGUUUCGAUGUCUAUAAAGAGAGUGAAGCGAUGUGAUUGUAAACCUUAUGUAAAGAGAGUUGGACUUUCGCUACAACGCACUGUAAUUGACUGUGUACAUGAAGAUCUCUGCGUGAUGGAUCCAACAACAAAGCUAUUAGAACCGCAACAAGAAAUGAUACUCAGCGUGAUGCUACGUUAUACGUUAGCUGGAAAGUCAAGCUUAUGUUGGGACAUAGACAUGGGACACGAUCGUCAUCUGAUUUUGGAUAUACUUCUCGACUGCUUGGCUGAGUCAGACACGCAAGACUACUUCUUGAGCGACCGAUACAUCACGUUUGGGAAAAUCUACUUUGCCAAUAGGGAGCCAAUUUAUAAAACAUUUUGGAUACAUAACGUUACAAACAAUAGGUUGCCGUAUUCUGUAAACAUGGAUAAUAUUCGCAAAAUAAAUGAAACUUACCACUGUGAAGUAUUUUCUUGCUUAAGUACUAAUGGUGUUGUAGAAGCUCUAACUGCUGUACCUAUUUUCUUAAAAUUUCAGCCAAGGAUGUUUGGAAAAUAUCGGGUGACAAUUCCAAUAACCAUGGGUGACAAAACGUCGGAGUUGAUAGCAAAAGGAUCAGCAUCUCAUGAGUGCAGAUUGACUGAUGUUGGGAGAAUAAUACCAGCACACUGCGCUUGCAAAACUGAACUGUUCCCUGCAUAUUUUAGCAUUGACUGUAUUGACCUGUGGUCUAUGCCUAUGCACAAUUACAUCUUUAAAAUGCUAUUAGUUUAUAAUAAUUUAGAUUAUGAUGCACUCGCAUAUGAAUGGCAAUGUCAAAAUAUACCAGGCAUAAUUUCUGUGGAUGUAUGGCCACGGAAGGGUGUAAUGAAACCAAAUGCAGUGCAAACUUUUAAAGUGAAAAUUGAUUUCAAAGGACAUUCUGGUAGAAUUGAUCUGAAUGUACCUUGUGAAUUUCUGAAUGCUAGUGAUAGAGGAGAAUAUUACAGAAGUGUCAUUAAACAUGAUAUCUUAAGUAAAGAAUUGGAAAAACAUUUUACCAUUACAGAAAAAGGCACUACUGUACCAAAACCAUGGCUAAAAAUAUUACACAAGCCAGAACCAUUCCGCAAAACACUAACAAUACGAUGUUCAAUAAUUCCUAUAGAAGAUGCACACUUAAGAGUUAGUUUAAUGAAUGAAUUAAAAGCAGCUCCGUCAAAGACAAUUCACUUCGACGAGCGACCAGGGUACAAUAUCACACAGAAUGAAAAAGAAUUUUUUAUAGUUACGUUUCUUUUGGAGGGCAUAUUGUGGGACAUUGUUAACAGUAAGAGAUUUAUAAAGAUGAUCAAAGAAAGUUUAAUUCCUAGACGGAAUUUAUAUUACUCGCAAUUUAUGAUGGAUUUGGCAGAGCGCAAAAGAUUAAUACGAAGAUCUUACAUAUCACCACCGUUAUCACUUAUUACUCUAAUAUUGGAAAAAAUGUUAUUCGCGUCGGUACAUGAUGAAUUCUCAUUAAAGAGUGUACAUUUAAUCCCCCACGAUGAUGUAAGACAUAAAAAUUAUUUUAAAAUGUUGCCUAGAGAAAAACGAGUAGAUCUUGAACAGGAGACAGAUCUUAUUACUAUUGAUAAUGCUGAAAUUAUCGAGGAGUCUGAUUAUAUGAAAUCGCGAUUUAGAGUGUCCUUUAUAGAAUAAAAUAUAAAUAAAUUUUUAUA